CAAGUCAUAUUUGUACAAUGAGUGAUUGAAAACACACGGCUCUACAUAUUCCACUGCUCGGGGGGAAAUAGUAUAUGUCAGAGCUACUACCAUGUACGGCAAAAGAAAUAUCCCUUAUGCACUUACAUGUGGCAUAGAAUGUAAGAUAGCAUGUUCCGACAGUAUAUAUGACCACAGAGUGUGGAGUAGAUUUCGUAGUGAACUAUGCCAGACACGGUUUGGUGCGGUAGGAAACCCCAUGAUACUCGGAAGGGUCGUGUGGGUUGCGGCUCCGCGGCCGCCACAGGGGAUAUGUGUUAUGUAAUAGGGAGGUAGCAAAUUGAAAUUCAACUGGU